UACAGACACUCUAAAUACCUACGUCAAACACUUACAUAGUAUAUUAUAUAUAAAGAACUUUUAUUAAGUUUGUCUAUGCAGAGAGUUGAAUGUGGCACAUUGAAAUUUGUGGAGUAAUUCAUUAACUACUCCCAUUUGCCAGUUAAGGUGAGCCCUGCAGCCUUCCACCCUGCUUGAUUUAUUGGUAUAUCAAUCUCCUCCAGAUUCAGUUGUUUGAAGGCUUUGAUCUUCCAAUACUUUUCUUCAUCACAACAAUGGCUGCAUCCAUGGUUGGUGGAGCUUUCAUCUCAGCUUUCCUCCAGGUUCUGUUUGAUCGGAUGGCUUCCCCUGAGGUUUUAAUCUUCUUUCACUGCAGGAAACUCAACAAUGAUUUGCUCAAGAAGUUGAAUCUCACUCUGCUUUCCCUUAGUCCCGUGCUCGAUGAUGCUGAAGAGAAGCAGAUAACCCACCCAGCAGUCAAAAAAUGGCUUGAUGAACUCAAAGAUGCAGUAUACAUUGCAGAGGACCUAAGCUUCACGGUGCUUGUUGGAAGCUCAAGACAAAGCAGAUUCAAGCCAGGUAUGGAGUAUCCUUCCAUCUAUUCCCACUUCCAUUGACAAGGAGUUAGAAUCACGUUUAGAAGAGACACUUGGCACACUAUAGUAUAUGGCUAACCAGAAGGAUGUACUCAGUUUGAGAGGUGUUGGUCGAAAACUAAUUACAGGUUUUCCAACGAAUUCUCUGGUUGAUGAUUCUUACGUAUUUGGUAGAGAUAAGGAGAAGGAGGCAAUCAUUAACUCGUUGCUCUCUGAUGAUGCAAGACACUGCAAGAUAGGUGUGGUUGCUAUCGUGGGCAUGGGUGGUGUUGGCAUGACCACCCUGGCUCAGCUGGCAUAUAAUGAUUGUGCAGUGGAUAAUUUUUUUGACAUCAAAUCCUGGGUAUGUGUUUCACAAGAAUUUGAUAUAUGUAGGAUUACUAAAACAGUGGUUGAGACAAUUUCUCCAGGGAUUUUGGAUAUCAAGGAUCUUAAUCUGCUUCAAGUUAAACUGAAUGAGACUUUGAAAGGGAAGAAAUUUCUCAUUGUUCUCGAUGAUGUUUGGAAUGAGAAUUAUGAUAACUGGGACUCCUUAAGGAAACCUUUCUCAUCUGGAGCUCAAGGAAGUAAGAUCAUUGUGACAACACGAAAUGAAGGUGCUGCAUCAAUGAUGCAAACUACUCCCACUCGCCAUCUGAAGCAAUUAUCAGGAAAUGAUUCAUGGCUGCUGUUUGUGAAACAUGCCCUUGACAACAGAGAUUCAGAAGCAUAUCCAAAUCUUGAAGCAGUUGGCAGGCAAAUUGUCAAGAAGUGAAGACACUAGGCAGUCUACUGCGUUCCAAACAAAGUCUCGAGGAAUGGAAUGAGAUUGUUGAAAGCGACAUCUGGGAUUGACAAGAUGAUACAAGCGACAUUCUUCCAGCUCUGAGAUUGAGCUAUCUUUUUCUCUCAUCAAAUCUAAAGCAGUGUUUUGCUUACUGUGCGACAUUCCCCAAGGACUACAAGUUCAAUAAGGAGGAAUUAAUAUUAAUGUGGAUGGCAGAAAAUCUUUUACAUCGGCCUAAAGGAAAGAAGAAGAUGGAAAAUAUAGGGGAUGAGUACUUCAAUCAUCUGACAUCAAGGUCCUUUUUUCAAAAAUAAACUCGAGAUAAAUCUCGAUUCAUUAUGCAUGACCUUAUUCAUGAUUUAGCCAAAUCUGUGUCAGGGGAAUUCUGUCAGAGUUGUGAGAGUGAACCGUCACAUAAAGUUGGCAGGAAGACUAGAUAAAAGUCUUUUUCGAGGGA